AAANAAAUGGGUGUAGCUUCAGACCGAUUCUCUUCGUUGCCGGACUCAGUUCUGCUUCACAUUCUCUCCUUUCUCCCCUUCGACGACGUCGUUCGCACCACCCUCCUCUGCAAGCAAUGGAAACCUCUCUGGUCCUUCUCCACCUCCCUCAAUUUCAUUCACCGUCCCAAAGAUUUCAUCUCCUUAAAAAAAUUCGCUUCUUUUGUUGACAAAUCACUUAUAAACUUGCACUGUAACCACAGCAGCAUAACAAAACUCCACCUUGAUUUCCCCUUCAAACGUUGUUUCUCAUCCGAUGUUACUGUCUGGGUCCUUUUCGCCAUCACCCAUAAAGUCAAAGAGCUCAACUUGAUUCUCUCCAGUGAUGCUGAGGAUCUGUAUAAGUUGCCUAAGAGAUUAUUUUCAAACCCUUAUAUUGAAAAAGUGAAUUGGGUUGGUUGUAAGUUUGAUAAAGUUGAGGUUUUCAGAUGGGAUUCUUUGAGGGAAUUAAGAAUUGGGUCGAUCGAAUUUUGUGAUGAUAUGGUGAGGAAAGUUGUUUUUGGGAGCCCGUGGUUGGAGUUGUUGGAGUUGGAUAAUUGUUGGGGUUUUAAGCGUUUGGAUUUGGUAGGUGGGAAAGUGAGUAAAUUGGUGGUGAAUGGGUAUAAUGGGGAAGCAAUAAAGAAGAAUAGUAUGUUAUUGGAUUUUGAAGUAGUGGAAAUAGAAGCACCUUGUGUUAAGGUGUUGGAGUUAAAUGGAUGUUUUAGAAGAAUGAAUAAUAUUCAGUUGAAGAAUGUGAUGAGUUGUGUUUCUGUUAAGCUUGAUUUUCAGUUUACUAAGGAUGAGGAGCGUGUCAACUAUGUUGAUAUGUUGGUGGGCAUGAUUGGGAGUUUAAGGCAUGUAAAGGAUGUUAUGUUAGGGACAUGGUGCAUUGAGGUUAUGUCGUCUUGGCCUAUGAAAAGUUUGCCGUUUUCCAUGAGCAGUUAUGAGUGUUUGACACUGCAUACUCCCAUCCAGGAGCGGUAUCUCCCUGGCAUUGUACGCAUACUACAAAGUUCAUCCAACCUUCGGAUGUUAAUCAUACAUAUGGCCCCACCCUACUUCGAGUUUGAGACUUGCUUUAUUCCACUUGCAUAUGAUGUUUACUCUGUUGGAGGAAGGUGUCAACUGUCUAUGCUUUCUAAAGAUUGUGGUCUUCACCUUAAAAAGAUUAGGAUUUGUUGCUUUGAAGGAAUGCGUUCUGGUCAAGAAGUCCUGUUCCUGCGCGAUCUUCUUUUGAUAUGUGCUAACCUUGAGGAGAUGAUUAUUGAAUGGAGAUCUGGACACCAGAACUCCUCGAUUCGUGAUGCAUCAGAUGAGUUUGUGGCUGAAAGUUUAUUAAUGGCGCAAAGACGCUCAAGGAAUGCAGUGAUUUUGUUCAAAAACUAACUCUUCAUUUUUCGUUUCUUGUUUUACAUUAAGCAAGCUUGAGAGUACCAUAGUAUAAUAUUUUUUUGGGUAAUAGAAUUCAGUAUGUUGAUGAAGGAUGUUUCUAAGAAACCCUUGUCAGUGAUCUGAUAUAACUAAUUAUACUCAAAGAUUUUUCCUAGUAUUUCAUCAUUUUUCCUCAUUUUGUACUCUAAUUGAAAAUUUUAGCUGGUUUUAUAUUAGAAUUCAUAUCUUAAGAUUGACUAUAAUAUAUUUUUCUGGUGCAA